AUGGACCCAACCAAACAACCUACCGACACCGAGCCAAGCUAUGAAAAGGACGGCCAUGCUGCGGUUAACCCUGAUCAAUCGGAGCCCACGAGCCCUCACGGUUUCCUCCUAGGAGCAAAGUCUCCAGGUGUAGCACGUAUCGAAGCUAUAUCUAGCCAACUCACUCUCACCGACCGGAUCUUUCUGUUCCUCGGCAUCUUCCUGAUAUCCUACGCCUAUGGCCUCGAUGGCACGGUACGAUACACAUAUCAAGCCACGGCAACCAGCGACUAUGCUAGUCACUCUCUUCUCUCGACUGUCAACGUCCUCCGAGCGGUCAUCGCUGCUGCUGCUCAGCCAACUGCCGCCAAGAUUGCUGAUGUUUUCGGUCGUGCCGAACUUAUUCUCGUAUCGGUAUUCUUUUACACUCUCGGUACGAUUGUUGAGAGUUGCGCGGACGGGGUGAAGGCCUUCUGCGCCGGCGCGGUCAUUUACCAAGUUGGAUAUACCUGCGUUAUGCUCCUUGUCGAAGUCAUCGUCGCAGAUGUGACCUCCAUGCGUAGCCGGGUCUUCUUCUCUUACAUUCCCGCAAUGCCAUUCAUCAUCAACACUUGGGUCAGCGGCAACAUCACCGAGCAGGUCCUCAAGACUACCACCUGGAGAUGGGGUAUCGGGAUGUGGUGUAUCAUCUACCCCGUCUGUACUCUCCCAUUGAUAAUCACACUCUACGUCAUCGGCCGUCGAGCCCGCAGGAACGGUGUCUUGGACAAAUAUGCUUCCCCGUUCCAAAUGCUCGGCCCCAAGGACCUAGCUAUAGAGCUAUUCUGGCAGCUUGAUGUUAUCGGCAUCAUCCUCUUGAUUGCUGUAUUUGCACUCAUUCUCGUUCCCCUCACCCUCGCCGGUGGCGUAUCUACCAAAUGGAAAGCAGCACACAUUCUCGCGCCCCUAAUCAUCGGCUUGCUCACUAUCCCAGUUUUUAUAUUCUGGCAAAUGAAGGCCAAGCACCCCCUUGUUCCUUUCUAUCUUCUCAGAGACCGCAGUGUUUGGGGUGCGCUAGGGAUAGCAACGAUGCUCAACUUUGCCUGGUAUCUCCAGGGUGAUUUUCUCUAUACUGUCCUGAUCGUCGCAUUCGACUUUACUAUCACUUCCGCCACACGUGUAUCCUCCUUAUACAGCUUCUGCUCUGUCAUCGCAGGCGUCUUCAUCUCAGCGGUGAUUUUCAAGGUUCGCCGCCUCAAAUACUUCAUUCUCGCCGGUACAGCUCUAUUCAUGGUAGCAUUUGGCCUCCUGAUCCAUUACCGUGGCGGUACUGCCAGCUCUGCCCAAUCAGGUGUCAUUGGUGCUCAAGUCCUCCUGGGUAUUGCCGGUGGUCUAUUCCCAUACCCGGCACAAGCGUCUAUUCAAUCCGCCACGAGACACGAGCACGUCGCCGUCGUCACAGGUAUCUACCUUGCAAGCUACAACGUCGGUUCCGCACUCGGAAACUGCGUCUCUGGAGCUAUCUGGACACAAACUCUCUUUAAAGAACUUAACUCCCAGCUCGCCUUCACCAAGAACGAGACUUUGGCAGCUAGUGUCUAUGGGAGUCCAUUUGAAUUGAUAGUCGAGUAUCCGGUGGGCACGGAGGUUAGGACGGCAAUUAUUGCGAGUUACCAGCAUGUACAGAGGAUCUUGACAAUUACUGGUAUUUGUCUCUGUGUGCCGCUGAUUGCCUUUGCGUUCUGCUUGAGAAAUCCAAAGUUGAGCACCGAGCAGAGUCAGCCAGAGGCUGAGAAGGGACAUGUUGUCGAAUAG